UGCGUCACCUCUCCAGACAGCUCCGGUUGACGUAGAGCGCACGCUUCCACCCAGCUCCUCCCAACUUCAGCGGCGUCCUGUCUCCGCCCCUCCCUGGCUUGUGAAUGUGACCGGCAGAGGCGCUUUUUCGUCCGUUCCCCUCCUCCUCCAACAGCCCCGUCCCGUCCUCCCCUCCUCCUCCUUCUGUUACCCGGCGUCGCCUCGUCACCGCUGGCCUUGAUUUUCAAACAAAAACAUCCCGCAGAGGGGAAGAGAGAGAGCGGGAGAGGCCGGGGGCAGCGCUGACCUGGAGGGGAGCUGAGCAUGGCAGGAAGCUUCGGCAAGAUUCAGAUCGGGAUCUAUGUGGAGAUCAAGAGGAGCGAUGGUCGCAUACACCAAGCCAUGGUAACAUCCCUAAAUGAGGACAGCGAGAGUAUUACAGUCGAAUGGAUUGAAAAUGGAGACACAAAAGGAAAGGAGAUUGACUUGGAUAGCAUAUUUGCACUUAACACUGAUUUGGCCCCAGAUGAAGAGAUUGAGCCUGGACCCGAAUUACCGCCCCCACCUACGCCUACAACUAAAGUUAACAAAAUUGUCAAGAAUCGGCGUACUGUAGUCCCAGCUACCAAGGAAACGCCUGCAAGAGACAAUAGAGCAAUCGGUUCAGCCAGGUCACGGCAAAUCCAGCCAGUAGAACCUCCAACCUCCGCUCAGCAGCAGAAUGGUAGUGUUUCAGAUAUAUCUCCAGAUCAACCUGGAAAAAAGGACUUUGGCCCUCCUUCAAGGAGAAAAUCCAACUGUGUGAAAGAAGUGGAGAAGAUGCAGGAGAAGAGAGAGAGAAGACGGUUGCAGCAGCAAGAACUCCGAGAGAAGAAGGCUCAGGAUGUUGAUACCACAUAUCCAAAUUAUGAAAUCAUGUGUAUGAUAAAAGAUUUUAGAGGAAGUUUGGAUUACCGGCCUUUAACUACAGCAGAUGUUAUUGAUGAGCAUCGAAUAUGUGUUUGUGUACGGAAACGUCCACUAAAUAAGAAAGAGAACACAAUCAAAGACCUAGAUGUCAUUACAAUUCCUAGUAAAGAUGUAGUCAUGGUGCAUGAGCCCAAACAGAAGGUGGAUCUCACUAGAUAUCUUGAAAACCAAACUUUUCGCUUUGACUAUGCCUUUGAUGAAACUACGCCAAAUGAAAUGGUCUACAGGUUUACUGCAAGACCUCUGGUAGAAACCAUCUUUGAAAGGGGAAUGGCCACUUGUUUUGCAUAUGGGCAAACUGGAAGCGGUAAAACUCAUACCAUGGGCGGUGAUUUUUCUGGAAAGAAUCAAGACUGUUCAAAAGGAAUAUAUGCACUUGCAGCGCGAGAUGUAUUCCAAAUGCUGAAGAAACCAAACUAUAAAAAAUUAGAACUUCAAGUAUAUGCAACGUUUUUCGAAAUCUACAGUGGUAAGGUCUUCGAUCUGUUGAAUCGGAAAACAAAGUUGCGAGUUUUAGAGGAUGGCAAGCAGCAAGUGCAGGUCGUUGGGCUGCAAGAACGGGAAGUGAAAUGUGUGGAAGAUGUCCUGAAACUGAUCGAGAUCGGAAACAGCUGCAGAACCUCUGGCCAAACCUCAGCCAAUGCACACUCCUCUCGAAGUCACGCAGUGUUCCAGAUAAUCUUACGAAAGAAAGGAAAGCUCCAUGGUAAAUUUUCUCUUAUUGAUUUGGCCGGAAACGAAAGGGGUGCAGACACUUCAAGUGCAGACCGACAAACACGACUUGAAGGGGCUGAGAUAAACAAAAGUUUAUUAGCUCUAAAGGAGUGCAUUCGUGCUCUAGGGAGGAAUAAGCCACAUACCCCGUUUAGAGCCAGUAAACUAACUCAAGUUUUGCGGGACUCUUUUAUCGGGGAAAACUCUCGCACAUGCAUGAUUGCUACAAUCUCUCCUGGUAUGGCAUCCUGUGAAAAUACUUUGAACACGUUAAGAUACGCUAACAGAGUAAAGGAAUUUGGGAUUAGUCCGUCGGAUAUUCCCUUCUCUCAGGGUAGCGGAAGUCGCUCUGAUCUCUCUCCUUCCUAUGAGUAUGAUGACUUCUCUCCUACGCUCACCAGAGUGAAAGAGCUGACUGUUGAUCCAAAUUGUGCUGGGGACCCGCGCCCCAUGUUGCACCACACCCCAAAUCAGCUGGAUGACCUGGAGUCGCUGUGGGGAGUAGGCAGCUCUCCUCAGAGGGAUGACCUCAAACUUCUGUGUGAACAAAAUGAAGAAGAGGUCUCCCCACAGCUCUUCACGUUUCAUGAAGCCGUGUCACAGAUGGUGGAGAUGGAAGAGCAGGUAGUAGAAGAUCACAGAGCCGUGUUUCAGGAGUCCAUCCGAUGGCUGGAAGAUGAAAAGGCUCUGCUAGAGAUGACCGAGGAGGUAGAUUAUGAUGUGGAUUCAUACGCCACACAGCUGGAAGCAAUCCUGGAGCAGAAGAUUGACAUUCUAGCGGAGUUAAGAGAUAAAGUGAAGUCAUUCCGAUCUGCUUUACAAGAGGAGGAGCAUGCCAGCAAACAAAUACACCCCAAGAGGCCCCGAGCCCUUUAAAGAAAGGUUUUAAUGAAGGAUCACCUUGAGAACUUUCCACUGUAAAAUAACCUUCUUCUCAAACUGUGGCCGUAUGAACCCAAUUACUUGAAACAUGAAGUACACUUUUAUACUGUCAGUGGAAAUGUCCUCCUCUGUCACUUGAAUGAAUUCCUGUUUUGGGCAGACCACUACACUGACGUCUAGGCAAGCGUCAAUCCCAGACGGCACAAACCUAUCAAUAGGGGCUGCGAGGCACUUUGUCCAGAUUCCUUCAUUUUUCAUGUUUUUAGUUCUCUGUCUGUCUGUGUCCUUUUUUUGUUCAGUUUUUUUUUUUUAUAUAUAUAUUUUUUUUUAAUAAAUAUGUUUAAUACUGUGUACUAAAAGGGUAUACACCAUUUUAUUGUUUUUGUUUCAUUACGGGAUUUCAUCAUGCUGCAGAAAUCAACUGUGCGGUUUUAAGCUACUUGCAUGCCUGCAUUUCAUCCGUGUUUGUACAGAUGGCGAUAUUACAUGAAUUAGCUGUGCACACCUCCUGCGUGCCUUUAUCAAGGCGAUACUGACUUUUAUUUUUUAUUUUUUUUAUCUUUAGGUUUUAUUUUAAUUUUAUAUAUUUUUUUCAGUAUGCACAGCCUUAACUUAAUAAUAAAACUAUUCCUUGUUCCUCUAUGUAAAA